UUGAGUGAGUAGAUGUAUCAACAGUCAACACUGGCAGCUUGUCGGGCGUCGGUAAAAACAUAAGGAGGGAAUAGUCUUAUGUACAACUAAUAAAUAAUAAAAAGUAGGGUUAAGAACCAGCUGCUACUGUUUUUAAGGAAUCGGCAUACAUUGUGAUUUACAAGUGUAAUCGUAACGAAUAGUGCUGUAGAUUUGAAGUGUAUACUAAGUGUGCAUUAAGUGGCGUCAGUAGGCCUUUUGAAGGCUGCUUCAACCUAACCUGCCAAGUUGUCGGAAAAAUUAGUUCUUUAAAAUUUAUACAGAGUGCAGCUGAGAUCAUGGAAGAGGCUAUGAAUUUCCAUACAUCUAAUAUGAACCAUCACUGUUUAGUCUGUGGGACAGACUCACUUGCAAAUUAUGUUGAUAUGACACUGGUUACUUCUCGGACCAGUCAAAGUGAAACUCUAGUGAGGGAAAAAUUAAAAACUAUUCUGCGUGAUAAAUGGAUACCACCGGAUACUGAAAUGUCAAUGGUGAUUUGUUUACCGUGUUUUCAUUUGGUAGAUCAGUUUGAUGUGCUUGAAAAUCAGUUACAAAACAUAAGGGAUAAUCUGGCAGCUAAAUAUGUUGGUACUAAUGGAAUAAACAAGCAGAAAUCACCAGAACCCCUGCCACCACCAGCAGCAGCUUCAAGUAAUUCUGACUCCAGUGACGAUGACAGGUCACCAUCUCCAGUUAUUAUUACAACCACCACAAGAGGCCGCAAAUCUGGUACAUUUAAAAUUCCGAAGCGACCGUCAACUUACAACAGGAAGGAGAAGACACCUAAACGCAAGAAAAUUUCAGCAGAGGCCAGAAAGUCUGCUGCAGAAGCAAGGAAAGUAGCAGCUGAGAUGAAGAGAGCAGCAGCUUUAGCUAAGAAAGCUGCAGCUGAAGCAAAGAAGGCAGCUUUAGAAGCUAAAAGAGAAAAAGCAAGGGCUGAACGAGCAAAGAAGACAUGGCGUCAAGGGCAACCUGAUGGAGAUGCUGGCACAAGCAAGCAGCUGGGUGAGGAUAUGAAUGAAUCUGGAACAAAUGAAAAUGGAAACCAGGUUCAUAAGGAAGGAGGGAAAGAACAGACAUCUGAGGAGGAAGAACGGGAGAGGAGAACAAUCUACGAUGAUGAUCCAUCUGUGUUCAACCCUGGAGAGAAGCUGCGGGUUGGAAUAAUACAAGCAUCAGCUGAUGGUAGCAUUGCUUAUGAGUGUUGCUACUGCAGUGAAAGAUAUGGUGAUAUGGAGACUUUGAAGAUGCAUGUACGGUCAUGCCAUCGUCCUGAAAUUUUGACAAUGCAGAUUCCAGUAGAGUUGGGUUUUGGAAGCAAAGUAAAUUGUGGUGCACAGCUUAGUAAUGUUACGGCAACAACGGACCUUUCCAAGCCAUUUGUUUGUAUCUAUUGCACUGGAGCAUUUAAAUUUAAGAGUAACAUAAAUUUACAUUACAAAGAAAAACACACACCGUACAAACCGUUUGCAUGUAUGGAUUGUCAUGAGACGUUCCGAAGAUCAAUGGAAUUGUCACGUCACAGAGUCUAUUACUGUCCACUCAGCAAGAAAAUUAAAAAGACAAAGAAAGAAAGGCAGAAGGACAAGGAUAAAGAAAGAGAGGAUGAAGAUAUGUAAACUUAUAUACAUAUGAUUUUUUUUUGCCAUUUUCAGUAUUUUACAGUUGGUUGUCUCACUGCAUGAGUGAAAUUCUGAUGCCAGAUGAAUGGAACAAUUCUUGUUACAGUGAACACUGUAGACAUGCCUUCUUGUUGCUUUUCAGUGCAGAAUGAUCUGAUUUUAUUUUCAUGGUAAUAGUUGGAUUGAACACCAGAGAGUAGAGACGAUAGUAGUGGAAUGGAAACAAAUUAUCAGUGAUUUUUUAAUUGUGCCAUCACCAUUACUAAAUGAUAAGUAGUAAUAUGGGAUGCAUAUGUGUAAUUAUGCAUCCUUGACCACCUGA